AUGGCUUCAUCUGAUCUGCUGUAUCCAAUAUUCUUGAUGCCUUGGAAACUGUCAUUCUUUCACACCAACACGUUUCUUAUCGGUGGUCAGCUUGGCCAGGCCUUGUGUAAGCUUGUCCCUUUCAUUAUUUCCGUUUCCUUUGUCGUUUCCAGUCAGAAUCUGAUUCUGAUAGCGGUGGAUCGAUUUGGAGCCGUGGUAUUUCCACUCCGUUCACCACUCAUUAGAUCCAAACUGUGUCCCUUCUUCAUUAUCGCUACAUGGAUAGUUGCCGCAGCGGUCAGUUCGCCAGACUUGUUCACUUACGAGCUCGUUGAAUACCCAGAGGGAACCUGCAGGUGUGUUGAGAACUGGAAGACUGAAGCAUUCGGAGAGUCCUCAUCCUUUGCCAGUUUCUCAUUAGCUUACUACAUUCUGUUUAUAUACAUACCUGUGCUGUUGCUAGUCAUUCUUUACUCCAUCAUUGUUAUCAAGCUCAAGACACAGGUACACCCAGGUGAACAGUCCGCCAACAGUCAGCAACAGCGGGACAGAAGAAACAGAAACGUGCUUCAAAUGUCCAUUGCUAUCGUAACAGUGUUUGUGUUCUGUUGCUUACCUUACUCUAUAAACUUUUUAAUCACGCAGUAUCAGGACACUUUCACGCAUUUAUCGUGUAGUUUCUGGAUAUACAAAAAAGUCAUCCUUUAUGUGGCUAACGCGUACUGUGCUAUCAACCCAGUUAUUUGUUUCAUAUUUAGCAGUAAUUACCGAAAUGCUCUUAAAAGACUCAUAAAAUGUUCUUUUGUACAGGCGUAG